AUGACAGCGCGUCUCCAGAUUCUUGGGGUGCUUUCGGCUUUGGUGGCAUCUGGAUACUCGCUCUCUUGUACAAGGUGUUCUUCGUCAUCGGACUCAUGUACCGGCCCCAAUGUGACUUGUCCAUCUGGCUCAGUGUGUGGAGCUCAGUUCAAAGAGAGCCAGUUACUAGGUUUCGGUGCUUCAAAAACAUACGUGAUGUCAUGUACACUGCAGAACCAGUGUGACACUAGAGGAAGUUUCAGCCUUGCCCACAAUUUAACAGAAAAGAUGGCUACAUCGUGUUGCGAAACUAAUGGAUGCACCCCGACUCUUCCUUCCUUGCCAGGAAACAGCUCAGGAUCCAAUGGGUUGAUGUGCCCAUCCUGUAUGUCUAACUCCACUUGGUGUGACACUUCAGACACGAUGGAGUGUAAGGGGGAUGAGAAAAUGUGUUUUCUCUAUUCCACAAAAACAUCAGGUCACUCAUCAAAUGUUUCACAUGUGAUGCGUGGUUGUGCCACAAAAAGCAUCUGCAAUUUCAGCAGCCAGUCUUCUAGUGGCAAGGAAAUAUCCACGGAGGUUAAAUUCAUCUGCACUAGUGGAAGUACCGAUCUCCAAAAAGGCUUCUACCUUGCAGCUGUGAUUUGUAUCUUAUUUUUUAAAGUUAUUUAUCUAAAAUAUUAAAGUAUUUUUAGACUAGAAACUAAAA